AUGGCGAACUUGGCGAAGUUUGAUUAUGCUGUCCUGGACAUUACUUGGAAGAAUUACCUUACUUGGGUACUGGAUACCAAGAUCCAUCUAGAAGCAGGGAAUCUUAGAGAUACCAUCAGGGAAGAGAACAACUCAUCCUCUCAAGAUCGGGUGAAGGCUAUGAUCUUUAUUCGUCGCCAUCUUGAUGAGGCUAAAGAGCGAGUGAAGCUUUGUGGGGAUACCAUUAUUGAGGAAGACAUGUUAGAAAAAAUUUUCAGCAUAUUUCAUGCCUCUAAUGUGCUCCUCCAGCAGCAGUAUAGAGCACGAGGCUACACUGAAUAUAACCAGCUGAUAUCUGUGCUCUUGGUAGUCGAACAAAACAAUGAGCUCCUGAUGAAAAACCAUAAUUCUCGACUUACUGGAUCUGCACCAUUCCCAAAAGUGAAUGCUGCUCCCUCGAAGUGA